CACAAGACGGAUCCUUUCUAGCCAUAACCAGGUUAGAGACUCGAAGGUGAAAUAAAUGAAUGAAAUGAAGUAUAAAGAUACAUCUAUUUGAUAACAGGAGCUCAUCAGGGACCGGAUAUCCGGGAGGGCUGGAGGAAGGAGGUCAGCAUGCGGACUGUAGGGGGGGCACUGAUGUCCAGCGUCCUGAGGCGGGUCGGUUCUGCUGCUCCCAGACCUGAACCUCCACUGGGUCUCAGAUCUGAACCUCCACCAGGUCCUGAACCUCCGGCAGCCGGACCCCCUGCUGUCUGCUGUUUGAUGUCAACCAUCAGGACUCUGUCAGGAAUGAGGACUCUGUCAGGACUUGGGACUCUGUCAGGACUUGGGACUCUGUCAGGACUUGGUACUCUGUCAGGACUUGGGACUCUGUCAGGAAUAAGGACUCUGUCGGGACUCGGGACUCUGUCAGGAAUGAGGUCUCUGUCAGGACUUGGGACUCUGUCAGGACUCGGGACUCUGUCAGGGGUCCGGAGGCUCUCUGGUGGCCCUGAUGGUGUCCCUGAAGGUGUAGGGGUCUCUGAAGGGGUCCCUGAUGCUGUGGGGGUCUCUGGGGGAAUCCCUCCCGGGUGGUACAGCUCCCUCUCGGACUCGGCUCCGGUCCACCUGGUGGAACACUUCCUGCUGACAGUCCAGCAGGCGGGGGGGCUGCCCUGGUGGCUGAGCAUCGUCGUGGCAACGCUGUCUGUCCGGACCGCCGUUACUCUGCCACUCGCAGCCUAUCAGACGGUGGUGCUGGCCCGGGUGAGUGACAGGGGGGCGGGACUACAGGGGGGGUUCUGUUAGCGGUUAGUACAUAGA